UCGGGCGGUCGGAGCGCGGAGGGGCCGCGGCAGGCGAAUCCCUCUGGGUUCAGCUCCGUCCCCGCAGAUCCAGCACCCACCCAGCUCGGGGGGUCCCGGCUUUUGGGGGGAGCCCGGCCCUGCCUCCCCCCCUUCCUGCCCCAGUGGCCCCCUCGGGAGGAGGAAGAGGAGGAGGAGAAGGAAUGGCGGCGCCGUGGCGGGCGAGUCUCCUGGCCUGCGAGGGGCUCUCGGGCGUCUGCCUUGUCCCCACCGUUGCCAGCAAGAAGAUGAUGCCCAAAUCCAGCGGGAAACAGGACGGGAACCGGGAACGGGGCUCCAGCCCUGACCUCCUGUCCCACCGCCAGGAUCCCGACAAGCCCCGUGCCCGCAAGGACGAUGAUGCUCCUGAGGCCUCCAACCCCAAGAAAUCCAUGAAAAAGCGCCGCAAGCGGGUUCCCGGCGCCGAGGGACCCCCGAGCUCCUCCCGCCGAGGAUCCCAGAUGGUGGUGAUUGAGCAAAACGGCUCCUUCCAGCUCAAGAACUUCAUCUGCGACCAUUGUUUUGGUGCUUUCCGGAGCAGCUACCACCUCAAACGGCACAUCCUCAUCCACACCGGGGAGAAGCCGUUUGAGUGUGACAUGUGCGACAUGCGCUUCAUCCAGAAGUACCACCUGGAGCGGCACAAGCGCGUGCACAGCGGGGAGAAGCCCUACCAGUGCGAGCGCUGCAUGCAGAGCUUCUCCCGCACGGACCGGCUGCUUCGACACAAGCGCAUGUGCCAAGGCUGCCAGACCAAGACCCCUCCCGACUCCCAGCUCCUGCUGUGAACAUCUGGGAAUACCGGGAAGUUCAGGGGGUGCGGGAGGGAGGUGUUUCUUCCUUCACCCCCCCCCCCACAUCAUCAUGCUCUGCCUCACCUGGAUUUCUCACCCCUGUAAGGAUGGGGAAGAACCUGAGCGCUGCCAACAUGAAAAAACUCAGAUCGUUCCUGCCCUCUGGCCUAAAAACUUGGAUUAUGAUCCCAAAAAUCCUCCUGGAAUCUUCAA